AUGAGUUUUAAAGGUUUUACGAAAGCGAUAUCGAGAGCACCUCAGAACUUCCGUCAGAAGUUCAAGAUGGGGGAGCAAACAGUGGAUCCUGUUUAUGAGGAUGCUGAGAGACGGUUCAAAGAAUUAGAAGAUGAAACGAAAAAGUUAAGUGACGAGUCGAAGAGAUAUUCUACUGCUGUAAAUGGGAUGUUGACCCAUCAGAUCGGUUUUGCUAAGGCGAUGGAAGAAAUAUUUAAACCAAUUUCAGGGAAAAUGAGUGACCCUAAUGCUACAGUUCCAGAGGAUAAUCCUGAUGGUAUUGAAGCCAGUGAGCAAUAUAGAGCUAUUGUGGCAGAAUUGCAGGAAACUUUGAAACCUGAUUUGAAAUUAAUUGAAGAGAAAAUUGUUAAGCCAUGUCAAGAAUUAUUAAAAAUUAUUGGAUAUAUUAGAAAGAUGGCUACUAAGAGAAACCAUAAGAAAUUAGAUCUUGAUAGACGUUUGAAUAAUUACCAUAAAUAUGAAAAGAAAGAUGAACCAACUGCUAAAGAUGAAGAAAGAAUGUAUAAAGCUGAAGCUGAAAUGCAAGUAGCACAACAAGAAUAUGAUUACUAUAAUGAAAUGAUGAAGACACAAUUACCAAUUUUAUUUGGUUUAGAGGCUCAAUUUGUUCAACCAUUGUUUGUUUCUUUCUAUUACAUGCAAUUGAACAUCUUUUAUACUCUAUACAAUAAAUUUCAAGAUAUGAAGAUCCCAUAUUUUGAUUUAACUAGUGACAUUGUUGAGGCUUUCACUUUGAAACGUGGUAAUGUAGAAGAACAAGCCGAUUCUUUAACUAUUACACACUUCAAGAUUGGUUAUUCAAAGGCUAAAUUAGAAAUGACCAGAAAAAGAUACGGUGCAGGUGCUGAAGAAGAUGGUACACCUGGAUCUCCAGUAGUUGGACAACCUGGUGCUUACGGCGCUGCUGCUCAACCUGGUGCUUACGGCGCUGCUGCUCAACCUGGUGCUUAUGGUGCUGCUGCUCAACCUGGUGUAUAUGAUCCAAAUGCCACAGCCAUGGGCGCUCAACCUGGUGCGUAUGGUGCCACUUAUGACAACAAAGCCGCAAUGGCACAACAAGCAUACGGAGCAACACCAGCUGCGGCCCCACCUCCAGCCUACGGUGCUACUCCUGUUGCAGCUGCCGCUGCCACUACCGCUGCCCCUGCUAUACCUGGUGCUGAGACUUGCACAGCCUUAUACGAUUAUCAAGCACAAGCACAAGGUGAUUUAAGUUUCCCAGCAGGCGCUCAAAUAACGGUUGUUCAACGUACUGCGGAUGCCAACGAAUGGUGGACAGGUUCUUACAAUGGUCAACAAGGUGUAUUCCCAGGUAAUUACGUCCAGAUUAACCAAUGA